AUGUAUUUCAAUGUGGUAGUAGGAGUGUCAUAUAACCCAGAAGGCCUACAGCUUCCGUUGGCCAGUUUGCUAAUACAUUAUUUAUAUAUGUGUGUACGUGCCUGUGUAUGUGUGUACGUGCCUGUGUGUGUGUGUGUGUACGUGCCUGUGUGUGUGUGUACGUGCCUGUGUGUGUGUACGUGCCUGUGUGUGUGGACGUGCCUGUGUGUGUGUACGUGCCUGAUCGUGUGUGCGCGUGCAUGCAUGUUAUAUGUGUGUGUGUGAUGGUUAGUCAGGAAGAACAACGGGACUCCUUGCAUCGUGACCAACUCGUGUCGUGACACCAUGACGAGGUUUGGAUGUCCUCACUACUCCCUCUCUCACCAGCUGCUUUACUUCAUGGUGGGAGCCAAUGUGAGACCACACCCACAACCACACAACUUUCUAUGCUCCACUCCUGUCUUCUCCAAUUUCCCUCCCUCCCUAAUCCCCUCCUCCCUCCCUCCCUCUCUCUCUCUUCCUCCUUCCCUGCCACCCUCUCUCCCUGCCACCCUCCUCCAGAGAGGUUGUUCUGCCAUGUUGAAGGGGGACAUGCGUACGUCGCGUGCUAACCUAACAGAGAGGCAGUACCAGAGGAUAUUCUGCUCCAACAUGCUGAAGGGAAACAUGGACAUCAUACAGAAGGACUUCACCGGGGAGACCCAGGACCUCUUCAACGAAAACAGUCAGUCUCAAAUGACACCCGAUUCUGCUUUUAGAAAACAAUUCAAUCUAUAGAUGCGCUUUUAAAAAAACCAUAACAUGUAAAGCCUUUAUAAGCUGUAGUGUUUCAAAUGAGACCAUGGUUUAACUUUCUGUAACUUCCUCCCUGUCCAAAGUAAUGCUGUGUGGAUUGGCUGGUUUCUCUGACUUCCUCAAAGUUGAUUGGCUGCAGCACAUUCUGAGGCUGCAGGACCAGGAAGUGGGAUGUUUUACACAGCCCCACAGAAGAGUGAAGAGGAGAGAGAGAAUGUUGAAGGGUGUGUGUCAAGAAUAUCCCUGGCAUUAUGCAUGCCCAUACGCACGCAUACACACAGAGAGAAACAUCACAUACAGAGAGAGAAACAGCACACACACACACACACACAGACACAGACACAGACAAACAGAAACCAGCUUCAAUAAGCUUUUACUGUUCUAUCUUCUCCUCCUCCCUCCUCCCUCCAGAUGGUUGUGCCAGUCACAUAACAGGCGUGUCGGUGAGCGCUCUGGGAGGAUACCUCAACUACUACCUGACAGAGCAGGACAUCACCAAGAGACCACUCACCUGGAUGUGAACCCCUCAAACCCGUAGGGCUCUGGUCAAAAGUAGUGCAGUAUGUAGGGCAGUGUUUCUCCAACCUCUCCUGGGGACCACCAGCCGUUCCAUGGAUUUGAUCUAUUCCACAGCAGCACCAGUGGUGUAAACUACUUAAGUAUUACUUUAAAGUAAUACUUUUGGGGGGAAUCUAUACUUUACUAUUUAUAUUUUUGACAACUUUUACUUUACUACAUUCCUAAAGAAAAUAAUGUACUUUAUACUCCAUACAUUUUCCCUAACACCCAAAUGUACUCAUUACAUUUUGAAUGUUUAGCAGGACAGGAAAAUGGCCCAAUUCACACACUUAUCAAGAGAACAUCCCUGGUCAUCCCUACUGCCUCUGAUCUGGCGGACUCACUAAACACAAAUGCUUCAUUUGUAAAUUAUGUCUGAGUGUUGGAGUGUGCCCUUGGCUAUCCGUAAAAAAAAAAAAACAACACAUUGUGCCGUCUGGUUUUCUUAAUAUUACUUUUGAUACCUAAGUAUAUUUAAAACCAAAUAAUGUAAGACUUUUACUCAAGUAGUAUUUUACUCAAGUAGUAUUUUACUGGGUGAUUUUCACUUUUACUUGAGUGAUUUUCUAUUAAAGGUAUCUUUACUUUUACUGAAGUAUAAUAAUUGGGUACUUUUUCUACCACUGGCUAGCACACCUGAUUCAACUUGUCAACUAAUCAUCAAGCCCUUGACUACUUGAAUCAGGUGAGUUAGUUCAGGGCUACAGCAACAUUAUGUCAGGUCUGGGGGUCCCUGAGAAGUGGUUUAAGAAGCCCUGACGUAGGGAAUAGGACCCUUUGGGACGAAUCCCAGGGCCACACAGAGCAUCAGGGUCUCAUUUAG